GCCCCCAUGGGCUCUGCAUCGCCAAGUUUGCCCCUCCAACUCCGCAGCCUUGCAGGGAGGCCUUCCUAUUGGUGGAAGGUCAAUGGGCGUGUCUUUUGCUUCCGGAGGCGCCAAGCCUUGGCACCUCAGGCCCUCAGUGCGCAUGCCUACUGGUGCUUCCGUCGCAAAGCGCCUCCUCACGUGCUCUUCUGAUCCAACCGCUUUCUCUGGAAAGAGACGUCUAGAACGUUCUCCCUCACCUUCCUGGGGCUUCCGGGAGCACCCGGAAACCCACGUGGCGUCCGCACAGAGUGCCCGGGACGGUCGGCUGCGCGGUUGCUGGCUGCGCUGCCGAGACGAGCUCUUCAGCCCCUCCUGCGCGGGACUCCGGAGUCAUCCACAGAGUCAGAGCAAGUCAGGAGACAGGCGGGGGCUUUGCCGGGGGCUGGACUCCGCAGGCCGAUUCCCACACUUCAGCAGUCUGUGCACACCUGUUGGAUCGCUUCCCCCCACCCUCAGGUCCUCGGAGAUGGCGAUGGCCCUGGCGAUACUGCGGGACUGGUGCAGGUCGAUGGGCGUGAACGCUCAGCGAUCUCUGCUCAUCCUGGGCAUCCCAGACGACUGCGAAGACCAGGAAUUCCAGGAGGCUGUGCGGGCUGCCCUGCGCUCCCUGGGCAGGUACCGAGUGCUGGGCAAGGGCUACAGAAAGGAGCUGGGGUCGAGGGUUGCCCUGGUCGAGUUUGCUGAGUAUAUAAAUCGAAGCUUGAUCCCCCGCCAAAUACCAGGCAAGGGGGGGCCCUGGACUGUGGCCUGCCUGCCCCAGGCCCCUGAUGCUGAGUCACAGGACAGACCCAGGUUCCCUGCACAGCCCCAGAGACAAGCAGUGGUGGGCAGGGCAGGUGAGGCAGGAACUGCAGGUCGCUCGGGAACUGCAGGGGAGGAGGAAGCCUUAGGUGAGGUGGCAGCGGGAGGUGAGGCAGGAGCUGGAGUUGAGGCAGGAGCUGCAGGUGAGACAGGAGGUGCAGCUGCCACAACGAAACAGGCCCUCUCCUUUGCCAAGGACUUCCUGGCCAGAGGCGUUGCCGCCACCAUCUCCAAGAUGGCCGUGGCCUCGAUGGAGUGGGUAAAAGUGCUGCAGGUGCAGUACACCAGCAGGCAGGUCGCAGCCGACAAGCAGUCCGAGGGCAUCGUGGACUGCAGGCACAUCCCCGAGGAGCAGGGUGCGCUGUCCUUCUGGACGGACCACCCGGGUCAUCCGCUACUUCCCACUCAAGUCCUCAACUCCACCUUCAAGGAUAAGCACAAGCAGAUCUUCCUGGGGGCCUUGGACGAGCACACGCAGUUCUGGAAGUAUUUUGCUGGCAAUCUGGCCUCUGGUGGGGUGGCCAGAGCCACCUCCCUGUGCUUCGUCUACCCCCUGGGUUUCACCAGAACCCACCUGGCGGCUGACCUCGGGAAAUCUGACAUCGAGUUCAAAGGAUCAGGGGCCGCCCCCACCACCUUCUGCGUCUCCGUGCAGAGGGUCAUCGUCUACCAGGCCGCCUACUUCGGCACGUACGACAGUGCCAGAGUCAUGCUCCUUGACUCCGAGAACACGACAGCGGCGGCCGGCACGGUCUCCUACCCCUUCGACACCAAGUGGUGGCGGAUGAUGUUGCAGUCAGGGCACAAAGGAGCCAACGUCACGUACAGGGGGACCCUUAACUGCUAGCAGAAGAUCUUCAAAGAUGAAAGGGGCAAAGCCUUCUUCAAGGGCGUGUCCAACGUCCUCUGCCUCAUGGGUGGUGCCUUCACGCUGGUCCGGUACGAUGACCUGAAGGAGGUCAUCUAG